AUGGCAGAAAACAUUUCCGUAGAAGAAUAUCUGCAACAAAUCAAACACGCAACAGCCAUUAUCGAGAGCAGAAUUGGCGGCUCGUCUGAGUUGAAGCACCCAAGGGUGAUGAUUAUUUGUGGCUCAGGCUUGGGUGGGAUUGCAGACACAUUGGAUCCAUCCUCCAUAAUUGAAAUUAGCUAUUCCGAAAUUCCUGGGUUCAAGACAUCUACCGUGCAAGGCCAUGCUGGGAAACUUGUGUUUGGUUUAAUUGGUGCCAACAAAGUGCCUGUUAUGUGCAUGGUGGGAAGGUUACAUUUUUAUGAGGGAUAUACUUUCCAACAGACUACAUUCCCCGUCCGUGUAGCUUCCAAAAUCGGAGUCAGUACAGUCAUUGUUACCAAUGCUGCUGGAGGAAUUAACGCAGAAUAUAAGGCAGGUGAAUUGAUGCUUAUUGAAGAUCAUAUCAAUUUCCCCGGCUUGGCUGGUUGGCAUCCAUUGCGUGGGCCAAACAUGGAAGAGUUUGGGCCACGUUUCCAACCACUUUCGGAUGCAUAUGAUCACGAGCUCCGCAAAUUGUUUGUUACUGUUGCAAAAGAUGAAUUGAAGUUGACAAGAAAGAUCAACGAGGGUACUUACUUUUUUGCAGCAGGACCCACAUUUGAAAGUCGCGCAGAGGUAAGGCUUAUAAGAACAUUGGGUGGUGAUGCUGUUGGAAUGUCCACGGUACCCGAGGUCAUUGUUGCUCGUCAUUGUGGAUUGAGAGUGCUUGCAUUAUCUUUGAUAACCAAUGAAGGCGUUGGAGAAAAGCCUCCAAGUGCAUUACACGAGAAUCCCAAAGCAUUAGAUGAAGGAAUGGCUAGCCAUGACGAGGUAUUAGAGACUGCCAAUGAAGCAUCAAAAGAUGUUCAGAAGAUUAUAGAAUCUGUAGUAAACAAACUUUAA